GGGAUACAUUACGGCAAGCCGGGUACAACUCUGUCCUAUUGGAAUUUGGAGCAGGAGGGGGGGUUGUAGUCAGCAGUGUAACGGAGGCCACUUAAAACAGAGAAACAACAACAAAAAAUUGCUGAAAAGGGAACUAAAACACGAAAAUGUCAGGAAAUAAAGACAGUGAUGGAGGAUGGAAGACGUUUAUCUGGAAUUCAGAAAAGAAGGAAUUGUUAGGACGUACUGGAUGCAGUUGGUUUAAGAUCCUGCUGUUUUACAUCAUCUUCUACGGCUGCCUGGCUGCAGUAUUCGUUGGCACCAUCCAGGCCUUGCUGCUCACCCUGAGCAACUACAAACCCACGCACCAGGACAGAGUGGCCCCGCCAGGUUUAUCACACACCCCAUGCCCAGAGAAAGCAGAAAUCACCUUCAACAAGCACGAGCUGGAGACGUACAUGAAGUACACCAAAGGGAUGAAGGAGUUCCUGGAGAUCUAUGACGAGACUGCUCAGCUGGACCAGCUGAAGUACGAGGACUGUGGAGAGAACCCUGGCGGAUACAAGAACAGGGGCGACUUGGAAAGCGACAUAGGCGUCAGGAAGGCCUGCCGAUUCAAGAGAUCCUGGUUGCAAGACUGCUCCGGGUUGGUAGACAGAACAUUUGGCUUCAAAGAUGGAAAGCCCUGUGUGAUUGUCAAGCUCAACAGGAUCGUCAACUUCAGACCAAAGCCUCCUAUUUCCAAUGAGUCCAUCCCAGAGGAUGCCCAGGCCAAAGUGCGGCCCAAUGUGAUCCCCAUCUACUGCACCAACAAGAAAGAAGAGGAUGCUGGGAAGCUCCAGGAAGUGAAAUACUUUGGCAUUGGCGAUGGUUUCCCCCUUCAGUACUACCCCUAUUACGGCAAACUGCUGCACCCACAGUACCUCCAGCCCCUGGUGGCCAUCCAGUUCACCAACCUCACAAUGAACACUGAGCUGCGCAUCGAGUGCAGGAUCUACGGGGAGAACAUUGGUUACAGCGAAAAGGACCGCUACCAGGGACGUUUUGACAUUAAGAUCACGGUCAACGAUUCAUGACCUCAGCUAUGGAAGUAGCACUUUCUCUCUCCCCCAUUUCAAUAAUUUAGAGAAGAAAAAAAAAAAAUGAAAAUAAAAAUUGAAGUUAAAAAGAAAAAACACGACUUGUCUUGAAGAAACUGUCAUAACGUAACGGGACCCACACUUCAUCGGUAUGCUUUACACUAGCUUUUCUGCAUUUAUCUAGGGUUAGAAUGUAAAUUACAGAGAGAGUAGCAAUAGCACAAAGUAUUUAUUCUACUGUAAAUGAGAAUUCCUUGAGCCAUGGGACAUGUUCAUUUAUUACUGUAAAUUGUAAUUCCACUACGGAUGUAGCGAGCAGUGUUUCUGUCCCCUUAAGUAUUGCUGCCUUGUGUGGUUUAUAUAUAUUUUUGGAGUGUACAGUACAGUAGCCGCAUACGAGGGUCCUUUCCAAACCAUGUUGUAAUUCCUGUUUUCUUACACGAGGAAGCUUCAGCGGUCCAAAGUGUGUAUGUGUGCAUGUUUGUUUGCAUGUGUGUGUGCGCAUAUGUGUGUGUCCACACACACAGACAGAUACACACGCACACACACACAAAAUGCAUACAUACAAAGUGAAAAUUCUGUCAUGGUACGCUCUGAUUGCCUCUAGGUCCGUGUGUGAGGAAAAUGGCUGCACUCCGUGAAAAUUCUUUACCUUCUCUGUGUGUCUUUUAAAAGUCAAUGAUUGUGGGAAACUAAAUUUUUACAUCACUUGUUCUCUUCUUUUUGAUCACUUUUAAAUGUGGGAUAAGGGGUUUAUUACGCUCUCUGUGAGGCUUUCGCUUCCUUUUAUUGCUUAAAGUACAACGUCGAGCUGCGUGUCCAGCCAGUAAGCCUGUUUCCCAAACCGGUAACGGUGUUCACUCAGUGCUUUUGAAAAACCAAUUGUUUUGCUGGAGACAUCACAUGAUGUGGUGUAACUUUCUAAUGAAUGUUUUAGCCAUUUUCAUGGUGGAAGAAUUUUAUAUUUAUGCAGUUGUACAUUUUUUUUUUCUGCAGGAAAAAGUGUAAUGUAUAAAUACAAUACCAAAGUCACUGGUCAAAGGUUAGAAUCUUAUCAGACGCAAUGCAGUGCCCUGUGUAAUAGGAUGUUUUGUUGGUGUUAAAAAGUGCAAAAGUCAAUGUUAAACAUCAGUAAACUUAUCAGGAGUUCAUCUACUAGUCAUUUAUUUAAUCCGGGUAAGACUUAAACAAAAAUAAAAUGGAGAAACUACA